AUGUCUAAUUCAAGAUUUAUACCUAUGACUUCUGAAAUAAAUGCUACUUCUAAACAAAUUUCAUUAUUCAGAUUUUCAGAUAUAGAUCUUGAACAAUUAUUCUCAUUAAAAAAUAAUGAUUAA